GUGAAAGUGAUUUCUCGCAGCUGGCAUUACAUGCUCCUUCCUUAGCUGUCAGCUCCACAGUCCUUCCUGGAAGGUCUACUGUAAACACCUCCGACCUUUCUAUUGCAUCCCUAUGAAUAAGACUUACUCAUCUGCAAGGUAAGUGAGAGAACCCACAGCAUGCACCGAGCACCGACAUCUCAGAGGUAACAGAGAGAUACCUCACAGAAGUUCCAUAGCAUCCACGUCUGCAGGGAAACAGUAGUUACUGCAGGGAAACAAACAAAACGACUGUGUAUGUUGCACAUGCUGGGUUUGUUUACUAAACAGUAAAUUAUGGUGAAAUUAAAAUUAUCUAAUUAAGACUAAAAUAGUCAAAUUGUGACUAUAGUUGAGUCGGGCAAUGUUUUUAAGUGAGUUUUGCUAUUUGCUUUUCUGCAAUGUACUGUUUGUUGGCUAAACCCUGCUGUAAUUACAUGUGUCAGCUAACGUAGUAUGCGGAUCAUGUUCCAAUCAUGAUUCCGUACCAUGGGAGACACUUAAAGGUGAUCUUUAAUAUGACAGUUAACUAAAGUUUGCAAAAGAUCAAAAUGCAGCCAAAGGCAUUCGCAACUCCAUCAUAGAAUAUGUAUCGCUGCCACGUUGGUGCUCCGAACCUCUUCCAGUUUCUCUCAUUUCACCUUUUAAAAAAAUCCCUUUUUGUCAAUGUUGGGAGUGAUGUAUUGAUUUUUGGUUGCAAUGUGUUAAAUGUUGAGAGACAUUAUAUUGGUUUCAAUGGUGAUUGCUCCUUAUUUAGCACUUUACCCAAGAAUAGCACCUGUUUUGCUGAUAAAUCUCCACCGUAAUCGCAUAAAUUUAGAUAAUGAGGAAUUAAAGAAUAAAUUGCUUGUGUAAGAAGUAUGUUAAUUAACAUAGAAUGUUGCCUUUUUUUACCUAUUGGGCAUACAAAUUGUGCGCAUCAUAAAAUCUAACGCUAUACCAAUGGGAUAUUUACCGUUAGAUAUGAGAUCAAAGUGAAUGAUGAGUCAUCCUUGGAUAGACAGUACAAUUUGAUCUAUACCAGCUAUGUACAAUUGUGAGCGUUCAGCAACUGUGAAUGCAAUUCCUAUAAUUGCAAAACCCAAAUUAAUACCAGCUGCUGAUGGGGAAUUAUGGGAAACUGAAAGAAAAUUAUGGGAAAAUUAAGUUUAUGGAAAGUCAGAGAGGCAAUGCAUAAAUGGUUUAUUAACUUCGUGGCAAAAUCCUUUUUUUGGUGUAAUUAUAGAUAAUUUGACCAGCACCACUGCUAGAUAAUGCAUGUUCUGGGUUUUUCUACGCAAUGUUGCUCAUUUAUGACCCUGCCAUACUGCAGAGGGUGCAGGAUAUCAGGAUAUGCCAGUUGAUACUGGCACUUGCUUUUUGGUAAGUUAAUGUUCUCAGAGGGAGCAGGAAGGAGCUGUGCCACAAAGGUACAUCUCUCCCACUCAUCCGCUAGAUUAUAAGGUAGAAACAGAUUACUGGGAAACUCACGUGCUUGUCGCCUACUUGAAGAUGGUUGGGGGGGGGGAGGAGGGUGGACCAGUGCUUAUUUUUCAAAUUAUAUUUUAACAGAGUUCUGCAAUCGUUCAUCAACCUAAAACAAAUAAUUCUUCUGAAUAUAUGAGUUGACAUCGGUUAAGUUAACAAUAGACGUGUAAACAUAAUAGCAGAUUACAGUAACUCAGUAACUUGCUGGGAAUUACUUACUUGGUCAACAAACUAUAGGUGUAGUUGUCAAAUAAAAACAAGACUGAAUGAGUUCAAAUGUUUAUAGAGCGCACACACAGGUAGUGUGUUUUUAACUUGCUUACAAAAUGCUAUUGCAGGUGUUCUACCAAAUUUCCCUACCCGUUAAAUUUCCCUACCCUCGCUCCUCUGUCUGGACCAUCAGUGUAGCUCCAAUUUACAACCUGCAGUGGUGUUUGUGGGAGCAAUACAUUUCAUUGGGGUGUUAUCAAACGUGAAUAUUUAUUAUGACAAACAAACUAAAACUUAGCUAAACUACAUCAUAUUUUAAAUUCAACACUUCAAUUAAUGCAAACUUGAAAAAAAUGAAAGGAAACUUUUUUGAUAUACUGAUAAGCAUCAGAUAUAAACAUAAAUGAUAAUCUUCAUCUUUGACAAGAUAACAAACUAUAUCAGUGUAGGUAGGAACAUAAAUGGGGACAAGAUGGGCAAAUUAGCCCUACAUUAGGGUCUGCCUGGGCACAUCUGGCCACUUAGCUAUGCAUCAUAUCCAGCCCCUUCUCUAAGGAGAGAAACACAGGGUAAGAGGGCAAUUGACUGUAGAUAAAUCUGUCACUAUUUCUUCUUGGAACAAAAAUGAAAUGAGAUAUGAAGAGCUUUUGCUUCAAAAUGAAUACAAUCUUCAGUAUUCUAUAUUCUUGCUACCGUACAGUUCUGUGGUUCUUGAAUGGGUUGUGCAUAUAUAUAUCUACAGGGCAAGCAUUCUUGUUUCUAAUUAUAAGUUCAUGUUAUAGAUAAGAAUAUACAUUGUUGUAAAUAAAUACAUACAUUUAUUGAGCGUAAGCAGUUGAUGAAAAGUAGCAUUCCAUUUUGAUUGGUUUAAAUGUGUGAAUUAUUGGUGGUUUUGAGCAGUAUUGCACAUGGAGUAUGGAAGGGUCAUCCUAUGGUCAGUACAAGACAAACCGGUUGCCUCAUUGGCAACAAUUAGAAGCUUGCAAACAUUGCAAAUUAGGGCAUAGGGGGGUGAAUUGAGAGUAAAACAAUACGGAUUGGGGACAGUUAGGAAUUAAUGAAUUGGGAGGGCACAAAGAUGGUAUAUUUGUGAUAGAUCCACUUGAAAUUUGUUUGGCUCCCCUAAACCUGCUCUAGCCAACGUGAUCAGUAAUCUACCCACAACAAAACCUGGAGGCAUCUUUUAUCACUAAGGAUCAAAUGCUUCUUUGUUCAUAUAUUUCAUAGCCUUGUGUUUUGUGACAAUGUUCUUUCCUUUCCAAUACCUCUUUCAGUUAGGAAAAUAAAAGUUUCCGUUCUGAGGCUCCGUCUCUUUCCAUAUCAUUUUUGCCUAUUCUGAAAAUCAAAUGACUACGUGCAUACCUCCCAACAGUCCCAGAUUCAGUGGGACCAUUUGCAUUUUGAGUUCCUAUCUCAUUGUCCCAGGUUGGUCUCCUGGUGUCUUGCCUCAAUAAGCUUGCCCAUUACCUGUCCCGAUUUCAUACCUCCUAAUGUUAGGCGGUAUGCUUACUCUUGUUUCCAGAAUGGGCAGUUUGUUGAUAGCAAGAAUUUUCCUCCUAAACUGCUUCCUUCUCUUCUGUAUUGUGUCACUAAUUUAUUCUCUUCUAUUUCUAACUGAAUGUCUACCCACUUUCUUAAGCUUGGUCUUUAAAACAGAAUGUAUAUUUUCUCUGUCCAAUGUAACUUCUCAGAGAUGCCCUACCUUGCCCCAUGUGACCUUGCCUCACUUUCCAGUUCUUUCCAGUUCUUUAGGGAAUCCUCUCAACUUACCAUCAAGACCCACUACCAAUUGAAGAGUACCCCAUCUUAUGUCACACAGUUUGUACUGCCAAGGUAUGUUCUACCCUUCACCUUCUCAUACUACCAACGCAACCUGAUUUAUUUAAAUGUCUCGAUCAAAUAUAUCACGUAGAUGGUUAUUCACUAAAGUGACAUUUUUCGAGAAUUCAAAGUGAAUUUGAAUUAAAUUUGUCAUUUAAGGCCACAACUGAUGAACUGGAAAAAGUAUUCUAUGCUUCUAAUUGAGUUAUUUUGACGUUAAACAUAAAAGUUACUUUGAAUUCCAAGAAUUCUAAUUGUACCUUAGUUCCUUUAGAUUGUAAGCUCAUUUGAGCAGUUUCUUGCCAUGCCUCGUUUCUAUUCACAAAAAAAAUAAUCAAUGUAUUCCUUUUAGCAGUUAUGGAGUAUUACGGAAUAGUUUGGUGGGCUUGCCCUUUGUUCAGAGCAAGUGGUGGUCUAUUUGAGAAAGUGUGCACGUUGGUUGGUGUUAGCAUCAACAAUAGGCAUGCAAAUGGGAUGUGCUAGGUGUGUCCAGGAACAACCUAAAUCAGGGGUAGGCAACCUUGAGGACUCCACUUGUUGUGGACUACAUCUCUCUAGUGCCAAAGAUUGCCUACCCUUGCCCAAAACAAAGGAUAUGUUCUCUUUGCUGUGUUUGAAUGUUUGAAAUAAAGAUCAUAAAGGUUGGUUGUAUCGUUGAUUUGGACUUGUGAUGACAGCAGUCUAAUGUCGAAUUUUAUGAUUCUAUUUUUAACUAAAAUAUAGUUGACUAAAAGUAAGUUCAAUAAAGUUUGAAAAGAAAUAUCAAACAAAAAGUUUUUUUUCAAAAUGUCUUGGGUCCACAUCCUGAUAAUGUAUAAAAAGGGGCAUUUGUCUCAGGAUGAAAAUAUAAUUUUGCCUCUUUAUAAGUCAAAGACUACGUCUUGAAUAUACUGUGCAGCCAUGCAUACUUAGACUGGUAGAAAUUAGAUUUAGUCUAAGGCAAAGAAAAGUUUUUUUUACAGUAAGACCAAUAAGGAUGUGGAAUUGUCUGGCUGAAGAGGUGGUUUUAUCAGAGUCAAUGCAGAUGUUUAAACAGUUUAACUGGAUGAAUACUUGCAAAAACAUAAUGUUCAGGGAUAAAAUUUUUAAUAUGUAGGUUAACAACAACUUGAUCAUAGAAGAGAUUUGAUUGCCAUUCUGAGGUCAAGAAGGAUUUUUUUUUCUAGUUUGUUGGAAAAUUAGAAAGCUCUACAAAUAGUUUUUUUGCCUUCUUUUGGAUCAACAGCAAAACUAGAUGUGAGAAAGGCUGAACUUGAUAGAGGCAUGUCUCUUGCAACCUAUGUGACUAUGUAACUAACUAUAUAAUCAGAGGCACUGCACAUGCUUGUGAUAUUAAUUACUGGCUGCCUAGCACCCAGAGACUGCAAUGCAGUCCCGCUGCAUAUUAAUACCAAGUCAAGCAGUGGGUGUAGGAAAGCAAGGUUGUGUCCAGUAUUAAAAUACACCAAACUAUUUGCAUAUAUAUAUAUAUAUAUAUAUAUAUAUAUAUAUAUAUAUAUAUAUAUCUCAAAGUUCCUUGCAUUACAUGCUUUAAUAAUAUAUUGGCUUACAUGCUGGGUGCUGGAUCCAGGUCAUAAAUAUCCAGAUAGUUCAAAGUAUGGUCCGCACUCCAGGCUCCGUUCAAAAAAAAUUACUUUUAUUCUUACAUCAAAGUUAAAAAUUGUAUGCCAAAAGUCAACGUUUCAGUCCCAGCUCGGGACUUUCAUCAGGACAAAUGAAAAGUCCAGAGGUGAGACUGAAACGUGGACUUUUGGCAUACAACUUUUAACUUUGAUGUAAGAAUAAAAGUUAUUUUUUUUGAACGGAGCCUGGAGUGCGGACCAUACUUUGAACUAUCUAUCUAUAUAUAUAUAUCUAUGUAUAUAUAUAUAGGGUUGAGGGCACAUAAAAAAAUGACCUUCAGGAAGCAGAGAAGGUAAGUCAGAUUAUGCAUUUAAGUGAAUAUCUGUUUUUGUAUUUCUAUUAGGGGGUAUGGAGUAUGCUAGCUAGUUUGUGUUUAUAGAUACGUGGUAGUAUACGUCUGUUGAUGUGUGUAAGUGUAUUUCAGUGUAUGUGUGAGCAUGUUGCUAAUCAGUUUGGUGUGUGACAAAUUUAUGCAUGUGGUUAAUGAGAAGUGUGUGUGGUGAUUUUAUAUAUUUGUAAGCAACCAGCUAUGUGUGGCUAAUCAUAUAUCGUAUGUGGUUUCAUGGACAUGGAUGGAGCAUGCAAAAGUGUCGUGCCCAUGUCCCACAAAUAAUCCCAUAGUUUUGUACUAUUAAAAUAUAUAUAUAUCAUAAUGAUUGCCAGCAUAAAGAUCUAACAUAUAUAUUUUUACAUUCUAGAUGCCUGGUUGUUCAUUAAAAAAUAUAUACAUUUUUGACUGUUUAUAAUUAAUCAUAGCAAAAAAGUUGGCCUCUGCAGCUAAUGACGAUCCACUUAAUUUUUGCACAGCACUUUCUUGUGCUGGACAUUGUCCAUUAAAUGCUCUCCUAAAAAAGCAUUGAAGACACAUUACAUACAUCAAUUCCAAAGCUUUGGAUCAUUGGAGCUGGCUGGGGCUGCUGGGAGAUGAUUGGGGCUGUUACAGGCAAUGUCACCUUCUCUUUCUUCAUUCCUUUCUUUGGCUGUGUGGCUUUCAUGUGUGCCAGGAGGAGGUGAAGUGUAUUCACAGCUCAACUAGACACUUGUCAGAGAUUCCCUAAACACAAAGACCACCCGAUAGGCCCUCGCCCCCCACAUGUCUGUGUAACCCGGGAUGUCUGUACUGGCUUCAUAAUCUGUAGUUCAGCCCUUAGAUGGUGUAGAAUCAACCAGCGUUUAUGGUUGAGUUCAAGAGAGUUCAACACAUCAUUCAAUCCCUAAAACUAACUAUGUAAGAUAUCAGCAGCAGAGCAGGAAUUAUAAACAAUCUGUGCAUGUUCAGAGGGAGAACUCGGUCUAGUAUACAUUAGUAUAUUUUAAGAAUGAUCAUUCAAGUAAAAGGGGCCUUUCUAUUGUGCACUUCAUCCGGAAAGACAAAUUUGGCAGACAGAUACUUUGUUAUGGCUGUGAACAUCUGAUAGCAUUGAGCUACUGCAGGUUGCAUGACAUAAAGAAUUGCCUGUCUACUGUGUCUGGAGUUGGAAAACCAUAAAUACUUAAUUGACCCUUUAAACUCAAUAGGUAAAGACACCAGGGGUGACAGCGACACUUUAAUUCCAUGCUAUCGAUGGGGCCGAGGAGGAGGCAGUGUCUGGACACCAAGAAGAGCCUUGGGCUUUAUCAAACCCUUCCCAAACAGUUUAAUGAUUACACCCAGACAUUCAAGACAACCAAACUAACAAGCUCACAUUAGGCUUUAUUUCUAGCAAAUAAUGGGGCAAACCUCCAGUUUAUUUUUAAUUUGAUUGUUUUGUGUGUGUAUAUACACACACACACACACACAUACACAAACAUAUAUAUGUAAAACAUCCUCAUUAAUGAGAUCUUACUGAUACAGAGGAGAGGAAAACAGAGGACCAAUAAUUAAAAAAAAACUUUUUUUUAAAUGAAAACAAGAAAGUGUGCAUUCAAAUAUUAAACGGCCUGUAUGAUAUAUAUGUGGUGUUAGCAGCAUGCAGCCCUCUGGUACAGAACAUUGUAAUGGAGAAUCCAGAUAUGUGAAUGUUCGUAACCGGAUCUUGCUUCACUUCAUAUUCCACGCUCUUGAUUACGCGUUUCGCACAUCAGUUUUAUCUGAUCUGUAGUUUCUUGUCGUCUUGCAUCUUGUACAUAUCCGUAGUAAACGUUCCUCCUCUAUUGCAUUCAAUUAAUUAGUGCUGCCAUGCAAUACAUCUGUUGUAUAAAUUUAUAUGUAUAUUGUAACUGAAUGCUCUACUAUAUAACAAAUAGAUAUUUAACAAAUCUAUACUCUAGCCUGUAUAAAUAACCUUGUGUUCAUACGUGUGCAAUUUGCAAUAAACCAGAGAAUACAACCGAUUAAAGUACUUGGAGGGGGGGAAAUCUUAUUAGAAAUCUUAUAUAUAGAGAAACUUAUUGGAUAUAUAGCUCAAAGACAUUGGCCCCAUUAGGGUUAAAUGCAGAAUACGAAAUUUCCAACAUUUUAUGAUAGGAUGUAAUAUUAAGCAUUUUUUAUAUUUUUUGCAUUUCUGAUUUCCAAUAUAUCACAAGUAUUUUUAUAAUAGUGUUUUUACUAAUUUGUAUUGUUAGUUUAUACUUAUCUUUUAUGUUUAAUUUAACUAAAUAUAUUUAGGGAAAAUAUCCCUAACUUUAAGAACGAGACUUGGCACUUUAUAUUUCUUAUUACAGACCAGCAAAUAAUAAGUUAAGAACCCUUUCCACCAACUUACUUGCCGCUAUAGCUACUUAGUCACAUUUUGCUUUAUUGAGGACUCAUGGAUGCUGAAUAAAUUGUUAAACCUAUCUAACUGAAUCAGUCUCCCGUGUGCACUAAUCAAUAUUUAGUAAAUAAAGUGAAAAUAUUUCAAGGAAAAAGUAACGAACACUGCAACAAAUGUUCAAAGUCCAAACAAAGUUUAUUUGGCACAGAGAGAGAAAAAGACAAAUGGAAAACAAGGUUAAACUAAACUUCCUAAUGCGUUUCAGAGGUCCGGUCCUUAAAGGGGACACUAUGGCUUUAGGAAUACAAGCAGAUACUUAAAGUUCUAGUGUCCUGGAGACUUAAGUAGGUCUACUGUGUGAAUAUUUGAAAGGUGUUGCUUGCCUUUUAACCCUCGCCAUGCUGCACUUAUAGCUGGCUGCUGCACUUCCAUUUUGGCUGAGAUCAUCAUUGCUGAUGAUCUCAGCCAAUCCAAUGCUUGCCCAUAGGGAAGUUUCGGGAGGCUAGUGCAGCAAAACGCUAUGCCAAUCAAAACAUUGCCAUUCUGCUGCUCAAAAGAAAGGGGGACUGUACCCAGACAAUAAUAAUGCAAACACUUGCAAUAAUGAAAGUGAAAACAGAUAGCACUGUUUAUUUAUAGCCAGGAAUACAAUCAAAUUGUGAAAUAGUCUUUUUGUUUGUUAUUUAAUUGCUUUGCCCUUUGUGCUGUACUUUAUUGCCACCUGUUUCUUGGUCUUUUAAAGGAAAAAUACAACGUCUGAACAAGUUAAUAUAAGAUUAUGUGAAAAGACGCACAGUUUGUGCAGGUAAUUUAAAAACUUUUUAAAUUGUUUUUGUUUUGUUUUUACAAUUGUUUGUAUUUCGAGUCAGAAUUCACUUGAAAAGUAUCUCCUUCAUGACAAGAGUUUAAGUAAAUUCUGUUUUAUCCUGAGAUGCAUGGUUCGGCACUAAAAUCAGAUUCAUUAGUAUUCCGAGUGCCAUUUAAAAAUGUGGAUAUCCUCAGAUGUGACCGCCCUGAGUUUUGUCCAAUGGAUGUUCAAAGUAAAUUCAUAGUGAAUUUCAGGUUUAAGGUAGCCGAACUGAGAGCAUACCUGAUUUAGAAGAUUUUUCCCGUUUAGUUAUUCUGACUUUAAAAUUGAAAAUCACCCGGUUAGAAACUCCACCAAGAACUUCCAAGAGGUUUGGGACCUGUGGGGGCAAUAUGAUGCGUGAAUGGAUGUCACUUUAUCACUUACUUCUCUUAGCAAUGCCAUACAUGACAUGAGGGUGCGUCCUAUCCUCCGGUAUUGUGGAUUCAUUAUAGUUCGUUCUUUUUUCUUAUUUGUUAUUGUUUAACAAACCACAUUGUUAUAUAUACUUUCUCAAUCUGAUGAUCACCAACGGCAUUUGUACUUGCUAUAGUCUAUGGCUGAAUCUUCUUGUAGAUGAAUAUGGACAUAUGUCUUUUUGCUUUAAAGGACCACUAUAGUGCCAGGAAAACAUACUCGUUUUCCUGGCACUAUAGUGCCCUGAGGGUGCCCCCACCCUCAGGGACCCCCUCCCGGCCGGCUGUGGAAGGGGGAAAGGGAUAAAAACUUACCUUUUUCCAGCGCUGGGUGGAGAGCUCUCUGCCUCCUCUCCUCCUUCUCUCCUCCCGGUCGGCUGAAUGCGCAAGCGCGGCAAGAGCUGCGCGCGCAUUCAGCCAGUCGCAUAGGAAAGCAUUCAUAAUGCUUUCCUAUGGACGCUGGCAUGCUCUCACUAUGAAAAUCACAGUGAGAAGCACGCAAGCGCCUCUAGUGGCUGUCAAUGACACAGCCACUAGAGGAAAUAGGGGAAGGCUUAACCCAUUCAUAAACAUAGCAGUUUCUCUGAAACUGCUAUGUUUAUGAAAAAAUGGGUUAACCCUAGCUGGACCUGGCACCCAGGCCACUUCAUUAAGCUGAAAUGGUCUGGGUGCCUAGAGUGGUCCUUUAACAUACUCAUAACUGUCAAUGUGGUGCUUAUCUUUUCAGCCGCAUGGCCAAUGUUGUAUAUUCCAUUAACGCUGUACAUUUUUAAAUCUACGUUUACCAUACUGUGACAUUUUGUAAUAGGUUUGUGUCAUAAACAAAAAAAUUCUUAUGGCGGGUACGUUCUAUUUCAACCUAAUACAAUGCAAUUUUGAAUGCCUGUCACUAAAUAAAGAACUAAAAAGUAAAUUUAAAAAAAUUGAAAUGCACUUUGAAUUCUUACUUUAGUGAAUAACUUUAAUCUAGACAACCAGGAGAUUGUAGCCAAUCAUUGUUGGGUCUCAUGUUGCUAUAUUUGCAUAUUCAUAGCACUGCCCAGUUAAAACUUAACUUUUAUAAGAUACAAAGUAAAACGAAGGAAAUACAGAUAAUCCCUAACAGAAAUUAUAAACAUGUUAUGGAAUGUGAAACCCGUACCAGCACUGUGCAAUUACAGAAGAAGGAUUAGAACCAUGAUGGAGAGUGAAACCGUAAAAUCACCAGAGAGUGGAUCAUGCUUAGUUAUACGGAAAACUAGAGAAAUCAAAUAGUUCCUGGGUUGAUAAGAGUUAAUUGAGCAUCUUAAAAACAAAAACAAAUGUGAGAACUUUCUAGGAAAGAAUGGUAAUAUCUGCUUAUAUAGUGAAAAAAAUAAAAUAAAAAUAAUAUAUACAUAUAGCAUAAUGCCUUAUGAUGUAGCAUGAUAGUAUGUCAGUCUCUCCCUGUUUGGCUGUGUUUAGGUGGAGUUAAAUUCCACAAAAUGGGAUUGCUAGGUAAAGGGACACUCCACUAAACAAAAAUAAAUAUUUAGUAGAUGUACCUGUAGAUACAGCAGAUACGUUUAUCGCCAGAUUUGACAGUAGAGAAGGGCUUGCAGUAUUUGAUAUGCAUUUUAAACCCAGCCAAAGAAAACAUGAUGUAAGACAGUGGGAGUGUAUGAUAAUGUAGAUUACAAAUGCUGCAGAUCUAGUAUCUGCAGCUACUGCAAACCCCGCCCCCUUUCUAUGCCCAUAUACUUUCUGUUGGUGUCCCAGGAAAGCAAAUCAGAGGAUUCUCACUGAGAAGUUUUGCUGACCAGCAGUGCGUGUGUUGCUAUUCAAUCACAGAUCUCAAUUACUGCCUGAAGUGUUUCUUAGGCGGACUAAUGUUUCUGAUAUUUAAUGAUAUCUAAGACAGGGGAACAUGCAAACUUAAAGUGCAGUCAGUUAAGAUCAAAACUCACGACAAGAGAAAAUUAAAUAAAUCAAGUGGCAGCUUUGAGUUUGAGAAAGAAAAUUAUUAAAUUAUUAAUAACAAUCAAUAAAAAUAAGUAAACCAUGCCAGUUGCUGGAUGGUGCCCCUCUGCCCUCCCCACGUGGCAUUACUCUAAGUGCGUGCUGUUUAACCCCUUAAGGACCAAACUUCUGGAAUAAAAGGGAAUAAUGACAUGUCACACGUCAUGUGUCCUUAAGGGGUUAAGUAAAUUGAAACCGAAGGUUUGGAAGCUUUCACAGAAACUGGAGUCCAGCCAAUUCAUAGCGAUGGUCUUUAAUUCUAUUUAUGUAAGCAUAAGCUGCUACUGUGGCAGGGUGUGAACAGAAAUUCUUAAACCUGGGCUGUAUCACUUUUUGAAACUUCAUUCUAAGUAGCAUGGCACGUAAGGGUCUAUUCACUAAGCAGUGAACUAUGAUUAAAACAAAAUUGUCAUUUUUUUUUAUAUUAAAAUAAUUCUUUAGAAAGUACAUGCAUAUAUAUUAACUUUCUAAAAAAUGUAUAUGUGUGUGUGUAUGUAUGCGUGUGUGUGUGUGAGCUUUAGUGUGUGUGUGUAUUUUUUAAUACGAAACAAAGCUAAAUUAGAUUUAUGUUCUUUAUACUGAAUUCAUUUUUUAAGCCACAGUUAUCGUUAAAUCACGUGCUUACUUAUGAAGUAUUGUUUAAAAUCCCAGCAAUGUCAAGUGCCACCUUGUUGUGGGAACAAUCAUUUCUUUGUUUGCAGCUUUACAUUAUUGUCCGUCUGCAUUCUGAUAAUGUAUAAAGGCGGUAGUAUGAUUUUUUAUUGCUUGUCGGAUAAUAACUAGAAAUAAUAUUUCCUGUUAAGAACAGGCUGCCAAUUAACUUGUUUGAGUUGAAAGUGCAAAUUCUGGAGACUAAAUGUAACAUUCCAAGAGUCAACAGUAGCUUAAUUCAAGAUUUAUUUAUUUAUUCAAUAAUUUGUAUAUUUUUUAUGAUUUCUACAAUUUCGGAAUAAUCAUGGUGUCUUAAAUUAUAAUUAGCAUUUUUACAUUGUUCUUUCUUUGUUCAUAUUUUGACAUGCAAAUAAUAAGCUCCCGAUGUAUGGCAUAUGUCAUUUAAAAUUAACCUGGCAUUCCAACUUCACCUAACGUUUUAACAAUUCCCAAAGAACUACAAAAUCAUUUAUCUUAAAAAAUCCAACUUUAUGGGGCAUUAAUAAAUGUGCCACUUUGGUUAGAAUUCAGUUAUUUUCACUGGAUUUAUUUUCACUGGGUUUUGUGCAUCUGACCAAAAUUCAGUGUUUAGUACGGUAGUCUGGAGUGCCAAAGGUUGUCUAACCCUGUUAGUGAGUAGUCUGCAGUACAAGAUGUGACCACUCGGGGUGUGAAUGCUCUAAUAUAAUCAGUAGUCCGUUGCUUUUUUCUUUUCUUUUUUUUUUUGCACAUUCAGCAAAAUUUCAUUAUUAAACUCUUUCCAGGUUCAAAGAGGUUUCUACUGCUCUGGGGAAGACAGAGCAAGUAUAGUGAAUUGCUUAUUAUGGGCAGUUGUCAGAGGCCUAAUGAUUAUGAAGCCCCUGUUCUAAACAUUGGGGAUCCACUGAAAAGUCAUGGGCACCGCGGUUUAGAUCACAACCCAGGAGUUUAAUCAUUUAAUCAAGACUGCAUUGUAUUGCACUGACUAUGCAGCCCAGGGCAAUUUGUAUAUGUGAGAAAACUCAGUUCCAAUGUUCCCAAUAUAGACAUAAACAUAACAAGUGGUUAAUCAUUUGCAGAAAUUACUGGUGUGAUUUGAUAGCGAAAGGUAAACAUUUCCAUAGGUAAAUAUUUCCUGCAUAGUCAGUGCAAUACAAUUAUGUUAAGCUCUAGUUGUUAUGGUGUGUAGGACGUCCAUUUAAAGGGACACUCCAGACUCCUAAACCAUCUCUGCUUGCUGAACUGCUUGCCCCCAUGUCCCAAUUUAUAAAAAGGCAGUUUUCAUGAGAAAUUGUUACUUUUAUGAAUUACUUUAGAAACACAACUGCAUCCAACGCAAUGCAUAUAGCUCAUUAUAAGGAUGACAGGUAUGACUAACAGGGUUAUUCGGUAACAUGAAAAUUCCAGGUGAAUUUAAAUAGAGUUUCAAAUUUAAGGUCAAAAUAGAAAAGAUGGAAAGAUUCUGUAUUUAGUUAUACUUUCAGUUCGGCUAUUUUGGGUUUAAAUUUGAAGUUCACUUUAAAUUCGAUUUGUAUCCUUACUUUAUUAAAUAACCCUGUAAUUGUUUUGUGAUUCGCAGUCUACGUUGUCGGAAACCCAUUUAUUAAACAGCAAUUUUUAAUUUUAAUUUUUUUUAAACAUACAGAACACACAAACAUGAAAAGGGUUGACAAUUCAAAAAUUACAAACACACAGGAUUUUGCCAUCACAGCAUCAGAAUAAUAAAGACAUAACUAUGUUAUAAAAUGAAGACAAUAACACAUAGCGUACUGACAUCGAUGGGGAGAAAGAUGAUGAUGUUCAUUGAUGAUAAAUUGUAUAGACAGUUACGAAAAUAAUAUGGGUAAACUAAAUUGUUUACUACAUAACGUUUGUGGGGGAAAUUACAAGAUAAGCAUUAAAGUAGUAACGUCCCUAGACAACAAAAGUAGUUAAAUAAUCAAGUGAAACAUAUAAGGAAAAGAAAAAAUCUCGGUGGUAUUGCUUCUCGGCCUCAAACAACUUGAGAUUGUAAUAGGUAGUCCAUCCAAGGUUGGCGUAUUAUUUAUUUAUUUAUAAACUAUUUUACCAGGCAGGAUACAUUGCGAUUUCUCUCGUUUUCAAGUAUGUCUUUAUAGAAUUAUAAAGGAAAGGACCAGAUGUCAAGUAAUUGCGAGUUUGGCUGUAGGAGAGGAAUAAAGCACUAACAUUGAAUUAAGCUAGUGAAGGCUAAAUCUCCUCCAAAAAUACUUUUUUGACACCUACAGAUACAGGGAUAGAUAAGGCAGAAUGUAACUUAGCAUAGUAGGAGAGAUUGUGUAUUUUGAUUGCAUUGUCUUUGGUCUCACAAGAGGGAACAAAUCCAGUUUGAUCAGGGGUCCUAGUACUUGUAGUAUGGGGAUGUAAAUUUAAAGCAAACCAUUUAGCAAUCAGUUACAUUCACGAAACGUUUAUUAUGGAGAUGGGUUUUUUUGUUUGUUUUUGUUUAGAACUUUACAUUCCUCACAAGUACUUUAUAAAGAAGCACAUUUGUGUAUUCUUAACCAACAGGCCUUCAGAUAAGCAAAGCCAUUAUCACGGAUCAUGUCAACCAUAUUUUGUACAAAACUACUACUGCAAUGCACAACACAAGCAUGUUCUGUAAUGCAAUAAAUGAACACUAAUACUAUGUCAUACGUGUUGGACUGGUGAUUUAAAUAAUAGUAAGGUUGCUAAUGUCUAUGUUUUUUUUUUAUCUUACAGCUUACAUUUCUCUAUGAUUAAGGAAAAAUAAAAUGUCUUGUGUGCAGAAUGUAACUCAGUUCGUCCUCUUCAUUUUGCUGCUAGCUGGAUUUUCUAGCAGUUUCUGUAAGUACUGCUGCAGAUAUAUUAAAACUCUCCCCAAGUUGUUAUUUUAGAACUGAAUCUGAUGUAGAAUUGCUGUUUUUCGUAGGUUUUUUUUUAGCUAAAAGGCAAACGAGCAUCCAUAGUACCAAUGAAUUUUGCAUGCCCAGUGGGUUAACCUCUGGCUGGUACUAUGCAUAUUUACUUAGUCGCACAUGUGAAAUAGGGCCGUUCCACCGGUCACACCCAUAUGUGUUAGCAUGCACAAAUAUAUAUUAGAAUGAGGUCCUACUGUUUGUUGUUGUUUUUUUAUUAUUUAUUUUGCAUUUUUAAAUAAUUUACAAUUAACGUGGUUAUUAGUGAUGUCCAGAACGGUUCGCCGAACGGUUCGUCGCGGACGACGAACAUAUGCGGUAAACUUUGACCCUGUACCUCACAGUCAGCAGACACAUUCCAGCAAAUCAGCAGCAGACCCUCCCUCCCAGACCCUCCCACCUCCUGGACAGCAUCCAUUUUACAUUCAUUGUGAAGCUGCAUUCUUAGUGAGCUAUCCAGGAGGUGGGAGGGUCUGCUGCUGAUUGGCUGGAAUGUGUCUGCUGACUGUGAGGUACCGCAUAUUUCGCCGUCCGUGGCGAACCUUUCGGGACAUCACUAGUGGUUAUCAAUCAUUUCAGUAAGAUAGCAUUAAAAAAAAAUCAAUAACAAAUGCUUUGAGAAGUACAAUUGUUGUGUUCUCUAUUCUAUGUAUCGGUUACAAGGUAGCUCAACUUGUACUUUUGCAGGUCUGUAGAUUUCACCUUUUAGUAUUCGCUCUAUCGAUAACACACUACACUGUUGACAAGGAUGAACUGGACAAUAUGGAGUCCCAGUGGUUUUAUGGCGGACUUUUAGUAUCCGGUUUUCAGAACUGAAAUUCACCAAAAAGUCGUUUAUAUAUAUGUAAUAGGUAUCUCCCAUGAUCCUACCUGAGCACCACAUGACCCGUAGGUUAAGUAUGGUGACCAGGCACAUUUAAUAAGAUGUGUACUCAUGAAAUGGUGAACUGUGAGGGAUUAAACAUUGUAGACCAAAUUAGCAGUAGCACUUAGCUGGGCAGGGAAGUAUAAACAGAAUCUGUAGUGCUUUAUUAAAAUUUAAGAUGUUCAAUUGUCACUGAUACUGACUUCUCUUCUUUCAUUAAUUUUUAGAUCUUAAAAUUUCUUGCACAAAACCUGAUGUGGUUUGGAGUGGAGACUCUGUGACUGUGAGGUGUGAUAUAACACAUCAUGUGGAUACUCUUAAAGUACGAUUUAACAACACCAACUUUACCUUUGCCCGUGAAACAAAUUCCAGUGGAGCGAUGUCUGUAGGGUUCACCGAUCACGAGGUGGCACUGACAAUAAACAAUGUCAGCUUGUGUAAUGAAGGUGAAUACAGACUAUUUUUGAGUGGCAAAGAUGGAUUCCAAGAUCACACGUUUUAUUUGACUGUUGGUAAGUGGCAACAACGGACAAAAUAAUAGAAAAUGGUUUAGACGAUAAUUCAUAGAUGUGGAGAUGUGUUAACAAACAAAAAUAUGGGAGAAAAAUAAGGUUGUGUAAGAACGUGUAUAAAAAAAACCCUAUAUCAAAUAUAUGAAAUAUACGUCCACUAAAAAACUGCAUUGAAAGUUCAUUAGUAUAACAGCUGUGUAGUCUUGAAUCACUCAUGCCAUUACAUAUCAGACAUCUCCUUGGCCAAUAAGGGUAUUUGUCUCAUCCCUGAUUCUUGAUUUAAAUACCCUUUGAUUGUGAUGAAGUGUAGUUUUACCUUCCUGGUAAAAUAUUUUAUAAAUAAAUAGUUCAUGCAAGGCAUGAACAAACUUAAAGGACAACUAUAGCUCAAUGAAGUGGUCUGGGCGCCAGGUCCAUCUAGGGCUAACCCUGUAGCUGUACCAUAGUUUCAGAGAAACUGCUAUGUUUACAAUAGGGUUAAUCUAGCCUCUAGUGGCUGUCUGAUUGACAGCCGCUAGAGGCGCUUCUGCGAUUCUCAAUGUUAUUUUCCUUGAACAUAUUUUUUUCUCCCUGACAAAAUAACUAUUUUACCCAAUUAACUGUAUCAUGAUUUACUAAAGCUGGAUUCUAUUUGAAUGAUUAGUGUACUUUCUGGGAAAUACAUGCAGGAGCCCCUAGGUAUUUGCAUAUCACACCAUUUUUCUAGGAGAGACACAAUUGGUCUCUGCAAAUAUCUCACUCACUUAUAGAGAGAUCAUGCUCUGUAUCUACAUGAAGUGCAAUUUAUAUAGAUAAUUGGGCAAGUCACAAUAAUUGUUCUUUUGUAUAGAAACAAAGCAAUUUUCAAACUUCUAAGUAUACAUCUCUGAAAUGGCUACGUCAGCAUAAAUUAAAUAAUAUAUAUUAUUUAUCCUCAAAGAGAUUUGAGUAAAGCAGUGUCUGGUUUUAUUUACAGGUAAUGCUACAAUCUAUGAGAAAGAAAGCGAGUUGAUCUGUACAGUAUACAGCUCCCAACCUGUAAAAAUAGUAUGGUCUGCUGCAAAUGUGUCAAAUCAUCCCAACAGUACUAUGAUUCUCCCACUAAAAAGAGGUUACAUGAUGACCAGUACGAUAAAGUUAUCUGACGUAGAGAAGAAUAAUACUGUCUGCUGCUCUGCAAACAAUGAUAUCAAUUUCAAGGAAAAGUGCCUCAACAUUUCCAAAGGUAAUUUUUUUUUAUUUAAUGUUACCAAGUGUCACUGAACUGUAGAUGUGAUACAAAUAAACUGUGGUAUGGUGAAAUAAGUAGACAUAUGUAGAAGAAUGAUGUUUUGGGAGGAAAUAGGACAACACCUCUCGGAAACCACUGUUUUAUAGGCAUAGCAAGGGUUUAUAAGGUUUCCUGGAUGAUGACAGACUUCAAUAACAAGUUCCAAGGCACAUUUAUUUAUUUUUUCUUAACCUUCAUCAGAGGCUUAACAUCACAUUUUACUGCAACUUUAUUCAAGAGGUGUGCAUAAAUAAAUAGACACCUCUUGGAUAUAGUUGCAAUAAAAUGUGAUGAAUCCCAGUUGCAGACACAGAUAAAAACAAACAAAAAAAAAAACGGGGUGAGGCAGAGGGGACAAAAGGAUGAGUGCCAUGAAUAUCUCAAUAGGGUAAAAAAAAAAAUUAAGACAGCACAAAGGACAUGCAGGCACCAUAACAGCUUCAUUGAAAUAAAGUCAUUACAGAUCCUGGAGUAGUCCUUAAAAGUUUAAAACACAUCAACAACCAAAAACAUGUUACACAGCCAGACACAUGAUAUAAGACGUAAAAUUAUUCUUUAUAUAAGUAAACUGCGUAUGUCAUUUGAAAAAACAAUUCAAAGAACAGGUAUGAACCUCAGUAAAUUAGGAGGUGUCAGUCACUCCCUGUUUGUCACAAUACUUAUCUGAUCGAUCUCGUUGAUCCGGAUGUCUUCACAGGUCGCAUGUGUUGAAUUCACCAUUCGGCCGCACAACAUGUCCUAUAGCGAAUGGCACAUCCUUAUGGCUAAACAUUCACAUAACAUUACUUCUGAUUUAGAAGUCACAUCACCUAGGUGACCUCAUUCUUAUACUUUUUGCAGUCGCAGGGGUGACAUGGACCAAUCAGUAACUCUACAUAUAUCCUGUUUAGGCCCUUACUCAGUGCUCUGUCGUUUGUACUUCUGGUUUUGACCUUGGCUAUUUUUUUGAUAUUUGUGUACCUCUGGAAUCCUGAUCGGCUUGUGUAUCUUAUUCCCAUCUAUCUAUUGGUACCUCUUUAUCAAGGAGAAAAAUAUAGAGUUGGCCUUUUGAAACGUUUAAAUCCAUAAGGAGUUUUAGACAAGUAAAGCACAUGAAGUACUCAAUUUGUUUUUUGUUUUUCAGAUGUUCUUGUGAUGUUAUCAACUUCUGAGAAAAUGAAGGGAGACUACAAUAAAGUAGCAAUAGUCACCCCAAUAGUCAUUGGGGUGUUGGUUGUUGUGGGUCUGCUUUUGGUGUACACGUAUCUACUAAUGAGGCGCAAGAAAAAUCGAACAAGAGGUAAAGGGAGAUAGUUAUCAGCAUUUCCUUUAUUAUAUAAUCUAUCUGUCCACCCACCACCAUUCCACUCACUCCCAUUUGCCAGGGUGCUAACAUUUCUUACAUACCACAGAGAGCAAGUUUUCAAAAUUUUCAAACUGAAUAAAGAUGUUUUCCUCAGAUUUGUUGAGUAUUGGGAUAUCAAAGUAGUAUUUUUGGGAAUUAUUGAGUGAAUAGUGAGUAAACUACCAAUGGGCAAAUAGUAACAUCAAUGAGUAUCCCAAAAAGAAUCCCAAAUAACAUUCCGGUAGAUUGGAAUAUCCUCAGUCCAGCUGAUAGCCAGUUAUUGGACGUGUAUGAAAACAACCAAAAUGUUACUUUUAGUAUCAUGAGGAAAUCCCAGAUGUAUCUAUAAAACAACGCUCCCACAAAGAGUUGCACUUGGCUUUCAAUUCGGCUCAACUCCUUUGUCUGUAAAACCCACUUCAUGGCCUUUUAUAUUUAACUCUGUGUACUCCAGCCCUAACUCAAUGAGGCAUUUAUUUUAUUGAUUACUGGCAUUUAUACUACACCAACAUAUUCUCCAGUGCUGUAUAUAAUGAGUUAACACUAAAAACCUAUCAAAAUAAAACAACUUAACCCCUUAAGGACCAACUUCUGGAAUAAAAGGGAAUCAUGACAUGUCAUACAUGUCAUGUGUCCUUAAGGGGUUAAUAUAGGAAAUAAAAAUCGCCUUAAAAUAUCACAAUCUGUUCCCUUGCCGUAUCAGAUCUAAAAAUAUUUCCUGCAUAUCUUGUCUGUGAGUUAUCCAUUGUGUUUAUUUAGUACCCACAGCUAACCUCUUUCAUAUAAUGGCAGACAAAAAUAUGUAAAUGCAUUCAACCAAUAUAUAACAUAUUAGAUAUGCAUAUCUCUCUAUAUUAUCAUAUCUAUCUAAAAGGCAUACGUAGGGCAUUUAGCAUCGGAGGCAGAUUGGUCCUUUGGCUCAUCACUCACCCUUAAAUUUUUUAUACUGAAAGGUGACAUUUCAAUGAAUACAGCUAUUGCUGUUUAUAUGGUAGUUAGGGUGCAAUGAGUAUCUCUGUAUAUCUCUUCCCUUGUGUCUACCUCACCUAUAUAACAGUUAUAUCGCCCUCCCAAUUUUUGUUUCCCUUCUUCAUCUCUCCAUCCUUGUAUUUAUCCCACAUUUGUGUCUUCAUCCUAAUUGUGCCUUUUUGCCUUUAAUACAUUUUUGUGUGUCUUGCACCCUGCCAAGUGUGCAUUCAAACUGUCCAUAGGAAAGCAUGACUCAAUGCUUUCCUAUUGCUGUCCAGCGUGUCAUCAAUGCGAUUUUCGCAUUGAAAAUUGCGGAAGCAGGCUCCUGUGGCUGUCAGGGAGACAGCCACUAAAGGCUAGAUUAACCCUCAAUGUAAACACAGCAGUUUCUGCUAUGUUUACAGCUGCAGGGUUAAAACUAGGGGGACCUGGCAACCAGACCACUUCGUUGAGCUGAAGUGGUCUGGGUGCCUAUAGUGGUCCUUUAAGCUAAAUUUGUUUUGGUGCCUAUUGUAUCCCUUUAAAUCUUAUUGUGUGAGAGGUGGACUACAUAGAGCUAGGUGGGUAGGUCCCGAUGUGUCAGGUGGUGAGGUUUACAGAGAUAGGGGUGCAGUCAAAUUCCAUAGAAAGAAUACGGUGCCCACAGUCCUAAAAAUGUACACAAUCCCACUGCCUUCACUAAUCUUGCUUUUGAUUGUUUCUAUAUAAUAGGCUAUUUGUGUUUUGUUUUUUUCUUUGACUCUGUCUGUAGCCUGUUGUCAAUGAGAGUGUUUUGUGAAAGCGAAUGUAUAAUGAGUAGUGACACAAUUUAACUCUUUCAGAAAGGGGUUUCUCUGAAAGUUCGCUCACAGGGAGAAUGGAGACAGAAGAGUUCAUGGUAAGUGUGAUGAAUAAAAGGAAUCAGGUUGGCAGGACAAGUGUCAAAAAGAUAGUGUAUUACAAUCCUAAUCCUAAAAUUCUUAUACUCAGAAUCCUAAUCCUAAAACUCUUAUAAUCAGAAUUCUAAUAUUAAAACGCUUACCAGAUAAUAUAAAUGCAAGAAAAAAGUGGGAAGAAGAUGUGAGAGGUUUAGGAAUAGGAUUAAAGUUUUCACUAAAGUUAGGCAAUUAUUUAUUUUUCUAAUCAUGUAACCUUUUUGAGAUUAACACAUAUAUGCUAUAUCAGCUAAUUAUAUUAGUCUAUUAAACCAGGAAUCUGUAUGUAAAAAAUGAAGGAAAAAGGGAGACUACUAAACCAGCAAUACAAGCAUUAAGGGGACAAUGUAGGCACCCAGACCACUUCAGCUGAGAAACUGCAAUAAUUAUCUCUGAUGGUUAACUCCUCCUCUAGUGGCUGUCUACCAGAUAGGAGCCUAUAGUGCCAGGAAAACGGGUUUGUUUUCCUGACACUAUAAAAUCCCUUUAAACAGCAGAUAAGUCACAUUUAAGUAUUCUCUCCAUAAUGCCUACACAGACUGUUAAAGGAAAGAUGCAGAUAUAUAAAUGCAUGUUUUUAAGCAAAUUAUAAAGAUAUACAUUUAGGUUUUAGUUUUUUUCAAUGUGUCUGAAGUCCUACAUAAUUACCUUGCAUUAGCUGCAGAAUGGACUUCUGCAGCUAAUGUCAAUCCACCUUAUCUUCAACUUUUGUUUCCUAAUUACAAGCUAGCAACAUUCUUAGUUCCAAAGUUUCCAGAGGUACAUAUGUCAACACUGCACCUUUACAUCACAACUCAUGGCUUGAUCCUGAAAUGAUUUCUUAGUUUAUUAUGUUUAUUUAUUUUUUUCCAAGACAUGUAAGUACUUACUAUAUAUCAUUUUUUUUUACAUUUUCUCACAGGACGAUCCAAGCAAUAUCGAUCUUUCUCAAGAAGAUCCUUGACAUUCAUCUAAUUAAUCUAAGAAAUUUCAUCUAAUUCAUCUAAGAAAUUCAUCUAAUAUAUCUAAAAUACUUUAUUUUAUUUAAUACUGUAUUUACAAGAGAAAAUUGUUAAGGAAAAAAAACACCUUUUUUUUUUUUUAAAGAGAUAUACCAUUUACUUUUCAAGGUAAAUGCUGUAUACUUUCCCAUCUGUUUUUGUUAUUGUUUUAUUUAUUUUUUUACUCAAGAAAUAAACAGAGAGGGAAAUAUAGGAAGCCAGUAACAAAGCACAUUCCGUUCAAUUGGAUGAUUUUGUUUACCUACACGCGAUCUAUGUCUUGCGCCAAGCACAGUAAACACAAAUAUCAGAUACGAGCAAGUUCAAGCAGGAAAGUAUUCUGUACCGAAGUUCCAAGAUAAGGAAAAUGAUUGAAUCCUCAUUACGCGACAAUCUGAGAGAAGCUUAUUCAAGCCUCCUCCACGGCAAAGUGCGGCAACGUUUUGACAUCUGCUCUUACUUUUCCUCGGCCACGAUAUUAUGCAAGACUGAUUUUAUUCUCACUGCUUUAACAGUAAAACAAGAGGUUCUCUCCGUGGAUCCAGGUGGAAGCCGUAACACUAUCCCCACUUUUCUUUCAACAGUUUUUAUUUUUAACAUUGAACCAAAAAUUACCUUGUAAAUUAAAAAAAAAGGUAUUUCAAAUUCCUAUUUUCAUUGUAUAUAUCUGCUCCUGUUUUAGGGUGUAAUUAACUAAUACCACAAUUCUAUCUUUUAGAAAAACCGCAUAAAUUAUUGUUCUAAAAAACAAAUUAUAAAAUAUGACAAAGUCAUGUUUUAAGAAGAUUAACAGGGUUAUUCACUUAAUUGUGGAUUGUCGGCAAUGCACAAUUUACAGUGAAUUUCAAAUUUAAGGACAAAACAGGUAAACUGGAAAAAUUCUCAAAGUCAGUUAUGCAUCCAGGUCAGCUACUUGAGCCUUAAAUUUGAAAGUCAAUCAGAAUUCCGGAAGAUUAUCACUUUACAGAAUUCCCCUGUUACGGUCAAAUUCCGAACAGCCGUAAUGGAAGUUCAUUGUGCCAUAGUUUUCAGGGAAAUUACUUAUUAAUUAAUGUAGAUAUUUUCUUGUUCAUAAAUAAAGCCUAAUUGUACGGAACAAGAUAUAUUUUGUUAUUAAACUGUAAAAUGAAAAUAAUUUUUUAUGCUGUUACAAAUGUGUAAAAUAAGUUUUACUUUUUACAACAACCAGGAAUUGUGGGAAAAUAGAGAACUGCACAUGUGUG